GAUGCCGGUCGCGGAGAAGUGAAUGGGAGAGAGAACUAGGUUUUAGAGCGAUCAGGCCCAUUACCCAUUUCUCGUGCUGCUUGUAGAGAACGGGAAAGAGAGCUAGGGUUUUAGAGCAGAGAGAGCACUAGGGUUUUCAGAGCAGCGUUGGGGAUUUUCAUGGCGAAAUUCAACGUGACACACAAACAUAAGCGAACUCAGGUCGCUGAGCGGAAGCGAGUGAUUCAUGGCGACCCCACCACUGGAAAGCUCAAGAACAAGUCCCAGCCUCUCUCCAUCUCUGGCAAACGGAAGAGGAAGCUCUUCAAGAAAUGGCGCAGGGAGCAGAAGGAGGCUUUGCAAAAGGGUCUGGUCACCAUGCAAGACGUCGAGAUGGCAGUUGCGGAUGAUAUCCAUUAUGGAGAAUCAGGGACUUCUUCUGAAGGUACAAACAACAAGACACCUAUGAAAUUUCCCAUGAAGAAGGGUGGAAAGAUUAAAAUUAAAAAGCUAAAGCGCAAAGGUAAGAGCAGUAGAAAAGCCUCCAAAGCAACCACAGAUACUCCGGCAGAUGCUGCAGAUGCCAUGGUAGAGUGAACAGCAAGGAAAACCUCUCCUGCAUCUUUCCCAGUUAACACACAAUGCUGUACUGAUGUUUUUUCCCCCUUUGACAUUUUCUUUAUAUUUUAUUUUUUGGGACAGAAAGAAUAUUUUGGUAUAUCAGCAUUUCUUGCAAAACUGCUUGUCACAGUGA